UUCCUCUCCAACCCGCUCUCUCCUCCUAUAAAUCCACUAUCUUUGCCCACCUCCCCCACUCACUCCACUAUCCAGAUCCCCCACUUCGCCGCGCCGAUCCCCAAUCCAUUCCCGGAGGAAACACGCGAAAGGAAGCAAGGAAGGAGAACCAUGAGCGCCAUGGUCGCGUCGUCGCUGAAGCUGAACCCGGACGCCCCGCUCUUCGUGCCGGCGGCGAUCCAGCAGGUCGAGGACUUCUCCCCGCAGUGGUGGGACCUCGUCAAGUCCACCGCCUGGUUCCGCGAACACUGGUACCACGAGCACCAGCAGCUCGACGACAUGGCCGACUCCCUCAACGCCUUCGAGACCGCCGACCACGACGACGACGACUUCAACGGCCUCCUCCUCCCCGACGCCAUCGACGACGAUGACCAGGACGGCCUCUUCUACGGCAACACCACCUCCACCACCCCCCAGGCCGCGCGCCCAACCGUGACACUCACCACUGGUACGCUACGAACCACACCCACUAUCCUCACACGUUUCACCCCUCACAUAACACUGAACAAGAAUGCUGUGCUCAAGGCCCUGGUGUCUCCGAAGGGCGGCGACGCACCCAAGGGGUUCCCGGAGAAGCCGAGGUACACCGAGAAGGCCACCAAGUACGCCGGCAGCCCGAGCCCGAGGGGUGGCGCUGCACCCCGCUUCAUCCACCAGCCUCGCGGCUAG